GCGAAUUUUUGACCGACUUGGAAUUUUGUGUGGAAGUCAAAUUGUGGAAAGAACAUUUUUAUUUCGUUUAUUUACAUCAUGUUCUUGUAAAUAAAACUAAUAAAUACGUAUAAUAUCUUAAUUUUAUUAGAAAUGCUAAAAGUGUGCUGUGUAAAUAGUAUUCAAAGUAGCAAAACAUUAAAUGCAUUUUUUUAUCACAUACAAUCCACAGUCUUACGGAACAAACGUGUAAAUAGUAAAAAAUUAGUACCAAUGAUUCGCAAAUGGAAGCCAGAGUUAUUUAAAUUCGAAAAUGGUCGUGCCAAAGGCAAACAUAAUUACAAAUUGUUAUCGUACAAUAUAUUAGCGCAAGAUCUACUAGUAGAACAUCUUCAGCUAUAUUACGGCAUCGACAAUAAAAUGUUGCGAUGGCAAAACCGUCUCAAAAUACUUAAGGACGAAAUUGCUAUUCUAGCGCCAGAUAUAAUGUGCCUACAAGAAAUGCAAUACGAUCACCUUAAAGAACUUGUAAAUCAAAUUGGUAUUGCGAAACAGAACAGCAGAUUGGAAUAUGUUUUUAAGAAAAAGACUGGCAUACGUAGUGAUGGCUGUGCUAUUAUUUAUGAUAAAAAUAAGUUUAAACUAAUUGAAGAAAAGAAUGUAGAAUAUUACACUGAUAAUGUGUUGACACUUAAUCGUGAAAAUAUUGCAAUUAUGGCAAAAUUUCAACCAAUGGAGGACAACUCGUCGACCUUUGUUGUUGCUACAACGCAUUUACUUUACAACCCUAGACGUGAAGAUAUUCGAAUUUCGCAAAUAAACAAAUUAAUACAAGAAAUUAUUGCAUUUUCUAACACUCAUAUGAAAAAUCGUUUACCAAUUAUAUUAACUGGUGAUUUUAACUUUACACCUGAUACGAAGGCCUUUGAAUUGUUAACCGGUUUACGUAAACCUAAAUUAAGAACACAAAAUUGUGAAGACGUUCAAUCUGUUGGGGACUUUUUUCAACUGGAUGCAAUUGACUUUGGAAUGGCUAAUUGUGCUUCGACAUAUCAAGAUCAAUGGAUAACAGUCGAUUAUAUAUUGACAUCAAAAUCGAACAGGGAAAAAAAAUCCAUUCAAAUAAAUAGUAAAUAUAAAUUGCCGUCUACCGAUCAAUGCUGGAGAUGUGGUAAAAUACCAAACAAAUUCGUUGGUUCUGAUCAUUUUUCACUGGCAAUUCAAUUUUCUAUCGUUUAAGAAUUUUUUAAAAGAAAAUAAAAUUUAAUUAGAUCAAA